CAACAAUUCUCGUACUAUGAUUAGGACAGUAAAACAUAUACUUGUUUUAUUUUGUUACAUUGUCAACACCCAAACAGAAUUCUGAACAAACUAAUACUCCAAAUAUGAUCAUCCAAGUUUGCAGGAACACAAUUAGAAAAGGAAAAUACCUCUUUUUGACUUUUCGGCAACCCAAAAUACCCGGAGAUUUUUCCGACCUUUUUUGUCUUCCUCACAAUUUUACUUCCUUUCCCUCUCUACUAAAACAUCCCAACUUUCCCACAUCCAAAACCCCCCAAUUCAAAUGGAUUCGGUUGCCUUUGCAAUUAGAGACAACCUCCCAAAAGUCUCCAAAAACUAAUACCAAAACACGACAGGAUGGCCUUGUUGAGUACGCCGACCCCUCUCCCCAUACUCCUUGGCCUCCUGUCCAUCCUCCUCUUCCACCCCAUCACCACCACCUCCGGCAUUCGCCUAGGCAUCCUUCGCCGUCCCUCCCCUCACCUCCCUGUCUUCCGUGAAGCGCCCGCCUUCCGAAACGGGGAGCAAUGUGGCUCCGAAAACACGGAUGCCAUCCACGUUGCUAUGACUCUAGAUGCCAAUUACAUCCGCGGCACAAUGGCUGCCGUGUUCUCCUUGUUGCAACACUCGACGUGCCCUGAAAAUCUCUAUUUUCACUUCCUCUCCGCGCGUAUUGCGCCAGAGUUCUUUUCCAGCAUAAAGUCUACGUUCCCUUACUUGAACUUCAAGACAUAUGCCUUUGAUUCGAACCGGGUUCGCUGGAAGAUAUCAAAAUCUAUAAGGCAAGCAUUGGAUCAGCCAAUUAAUUAUGCUAGAAUCUAUCUUGCUGACAUCCUUCCGACCGAUAUGAGGCGUGUUAUAUACUUGGACUCGGACCUCAUUGUGGUGGACGACAUUGCCAAGCUAUGGAGCGUGGACAUGGAAGACAAGGUGGUGGCUGCACCGGAAUAUUGUCGGGCAAAUUUCUCACAGUAUUUCACUGACGCAUUUUGGUCCGACCCGGAUUUGUCGAAGACGUUCCAAGGAAGAAACCCGUGUUAUUUCAACACAGGAGUGAUGGUGGUGGAUGUGGAUAAAUGGAGGAAAGGAGGGUAUACACAGAAGGUUGAGGAGUGGAUGGCUUUGCAAAAGCGAAGGAGGCUAUACCAUUUAGGGUCUUUGCCGCCCUUUCUGCUGGUUUUGGCCGGAAACAUCAAGGGUGUGGAUCACCGGUGGAACCAGCAUGGGUUAGGAGGUGACAACUUUGAAGGAAGGUGUAGGAACCUCCACCCUGGUCCCAUUAGUCUUCUGCACUGGAGCGGGAAGGGUAAGCCAUGGUUGAGGUUGGACGCCCGGAAGCCAUGCACCGUCGAUCAUCUCUGGGCACCGUACGAUCUCUACCAUUCGGCGAGACACUUUCUGGAAGAAUAA